CCUUUCUCUUCUUCUUUUACAGCGGUCAAGAAUAUAUGGAGUUGUUGGAUGAAGACGAACUAGCACAUGUAAUGGAUGACGUACAGGCUACAGCACCGAUUUUGCGCACAAAUGCGAUAUUAACUUGGCUUUCCGGGAGGAGGAGGAGGAGGAGGAGUGGAGUAGGAGGGGAAGACUCAAGAAGAAGAAGACGACGACCACGAUGGCAAUGGGGGAGGUCUGGACGGGACUAGGAUCGAUGGUGGCUGGUUUCAUGUUCUUGUGGGCUAUGUUUCAGCAAUACUUCCCCCACCAGCUGCGAGGCCCUCUUGAGAAAUACGGGCAUCAAUUGAAGUCUCUUGUCUACCCCUACAUCCAGAUUACCUUCCACGAGUACGGUGGCGAGCGUUUCAAGCGCAGCGACGUCUUCACGGCCAUUGAUUCCUACCUCACUGUCAAUUCCUCCAAGAGCGCCAAGCGCCUCAGGGCCGACAUGGGCGAGAACGCUAAGAGUCUCAUCCUCUGCAUGGACGACCACGAGGAGGUCGCCGAUGAGUUCGACGGCGUCAAACUAUGGUGGUCUUCCAAAAAAACCAUCCCCAAGCCUCAGCCUUUCUCAUACUUCUCCGCGCCGGAGGAGAAGCGCUUUUACAAGCUCACCUUCCAUAAGCGCCACCGCGACCUCAUCACCGGCCGCUACUUGAACCAUGUUCUUGAGCAAGGCAAGGCGGUGCGGAUGCGGAACCGGCAGCGGAAGCUGUACACCAACAACAAGAAGGCGGUGUGGAGCCAUGUUGUGUUCGACCACCCGGCGACAUUUGAGACUCUGGCAAUGGACCCCCAGAAGAAGAAGGAGAUCGUCGACGACCUCAUCACCUUCAGUAAAGCCAAAGACCAUUAUUCCAUGAUUGGUAAGGCGUGGAAACGUGGGUACUUGCUCUAUGGUCCUCCUGGCACAGGUAAGUCUUCCAUGGUUGCUGCCAUGGCCAAUCUUCUGGAUUACGAUGUCUACGACCUUGAAUUGACUGCUGUGAACGAUAACACUGACCUUCGGAAGUUGUUGAUUGAGACUUCCAGUAAGUCAAUCAUUGUAAUCGAGGAUAUCGAUUGCUCGUUGGAGCUUUCAGGAAGAAGGAAUAAGAAAAAGGAGGAAAGGGGAGAUGAAGAGAAGCCGGAGCAAUUUAAAGAAAAGGAGAGCAAGGUUACACUCUCUGGGCUUCUGAACUCCAUUGAUGGGCUAUGGUCAGCCUGCGUAGGCGAGAGGCUUAUCGUCUUUACUACUAAUCAUGUUGAUGAACUCGAUCCUGCUCUUAUACGAAGAGGACGAAUGGACAAGCACAUUGAAUUGUCUUAUUGUUGCUUUGAAGCUUUCAAGAUUCUUGCCAAGAAUUAUCUGGACAUUGACGCACACGAGUUGUUUGAAAGAAUUGGUCGAUUGAUGGAAGAAAUACUGAUAACCCCUGCAGAUGUUGCCGAGUAUUUGAUGCCUAAAACCCCUAAUAAAAGAGAUGUUGAUGCUUGUCUAGAGAAUUUGCUCAGAGCAUUAGAGGCGAAGAAAGAGGCAGCAAGGUUGAAAGCCAAUGAAGAAGUGAAGGAGAUAGCAGAUGCAUUGGCAGGAGAGGAAGGCAAAGGUAAGGUAGAAACCUUGACUCCUAAGGAAGGACUAAAAGAAGAUGAACCAUUAAUUAAUACUGAGGUAAAAGAGGCUGAGUCGAGUCCUCAUUGAGAGAAAAGAAAGCAAGUAGAGAGGGAGAAGGCAGGAAGUAGCUAGGAUUAAUGGCAUGCCCCAUUGCUAAAAAACAGGGGAUUUCAGAACUUGUAAUAUAAUGGUCCUAAUGGGGAUCCUUUCUUUUCCUUUCUCUAUUGAUCAGUUUUCAUGGUGUAAAGAAAAGAUAUUUCUUAUGUUCAA